AUGUGUGCAGAGAGCAACUGUGUGCAGAGAGCAAGGUGUGCAGAGAGCAAUGUGUGCAGAGAGCAACUGUGUGCAGAGAGCGGCACUGUGUGCAGAGAGCAACUGUGUGCAGAGAGCAAUGUGUGCAGAGAGCAACUGUGUGCAGAGAGCAACGCUGUGUGCAGAGAGCAACUGUGUGCAGAGAGCAACUGUGUGCAGAGAGCAAAUAUGUGCAGAGAGCAACUGUGUGCAGAGAGCAACUGUGUGCAGAGAGCAACGUGUGCAGAGGGUGUGCAGGAGGAAGCAGCUGUGUGCAGAGAGCAACUGUGUGCAGAGAGCAACUGUGUGCAGAGAAAGAACUGUGUGCAGAGAGCAAUGCUGUGUGCAGAGGGUGUGCAGAGAGCAACUGUGUGCAGAGAGCAGCCUGUGUGCAGAGAAGAACUGUGUGCAGAGAGCAACAGCUGUGUGCAGAGGGUGUGCAGAGAGCAACUGUGUGCAGAGAGCAACUGUGUGCAGAGAGCAACUGUGUGCAGAGGGUGCAGAGAGCAACUGUGUGCAGAGAGCAACUGUGUGCAGAGAGCAACUGUGUGCAGUGAGCAACUGUGUGCAGAGAGCAAUGUGUGCAGAAAGCAACUGUGGCAGAGAGCAAAUGUGUGCAGAGAGCAACUGUGUGCAGAGAGCAAAUGUGUGCAGAGAGCAAAUAUGUGCAGAGAGCAUCUGUGUGCAGAGAGCAAUGUGUGCAGAGAGCAACUGUGUGCAGAGAUCAAUGUGUGCAGAGAUCAAUGUGUGCAGAAG